GCUGGUAACUGUGGCAGCCAGUCAAAUUGAAGACUUUGUAGAACUCACAACAUUUUCCAAAAAUCUCUUGAAGCUAUGAAAAUCUUACUCCCUUUGCUAUUAAUUUUGGGUCUAAGCUCCUUUGCCCAUGCCAUUUUAAAGUCAUGUAUCUGUGAGGCCGGUCCAAAUGGUGUGCCCGGCCACCAAGGUCCGCCUGGCCAAAAAGGUGACAAAGGCAAUAGGGGUGUAACUGGUGCACCGGGUGUUCAAGGACCGACCGGACCAAUUGGCCAAAAAGGUGAUCGGGGCCAGAAAGGUGAACCUGGUUCUCGUGUAGGUCCACGUGGCCCACCUGGGCCGGUUGGAUUAACCGGUGUCUGUCCAGUAUGUCGUGUACCCAGAUCUACAAUGGAAGAGGAACCCACGCUGGAACCCAACACCAUAUAUCGGGUAACAGAAACAGGUGAUUUGGCUGCUGUGCGAAAAGUAAAUCCCUCCCCUGCGGUGAGAUCUCUUUUAAAGGAACACAUGCGUUCCCUGAGACAGGAGGAGGGUGGCUAUGAUGAGAGAACCGAAUAAAGAAUUUUAAUGAGAC